AUGCCACCUAAGAGAAGAUCAGCGAACGCAGGCAGGGCUACCUGUCCCUCGGAGGAAGACAACCCAGCCUCUUCCACUACCACAUCGAACCAGUCAUGGAAACUUAAGUUCAACGACAGGCAACUAGAGCGAAAACGCCAGGCCGACCGGAUCACCCAGAGGAGGAUGCGGGAGCCGUCAAAGCAGACUGCUGCAGCCUUUAAGGAAAAAUUGGAACUUCUCAUGGACGGCAACCACAAAGCUCUGGUGGAGCGGACUCUAGCCGAGAAUGAGGACCUGGUGGCAAAAGUAAAAACGUUCCAAGCUAAGUUUGAGCAAAUUUAUUUGGCUUCAAAAGAGUGUCUGGGGUUAGAUGAAGGACCUGGGAGAGUAGACACUCUAGUCUCUGGCGUCACCGGCCUUCCAGGCGUUCCAGACCCCUGUCUCACAUCUUCGGGAUUGGAGGCACCCUCCGGCUCCAACCAGGAUGUUCCUGUUGUUGAACAGAGAAGCAACCUCUGCAGAACCUUCGCGUAG